AUGGAGCAACACGAGCGCUCGGCUGUUGAUCCGCUCGAGGGGCAGACGGAGCAGGGCGGGGAGGAUCCCGCUCCGUCGGCGGUUCUCGCCGGCGAGGUGGCCGGCGCCAAGGAGGGCGAGCAGGAGCGCGUCCCGGAGACGCACAAUCCCGUCGGCGCCGCCGCGUCGGAGGGCGCCAGGAAGCAGGAUCUUGACGAACCUUCGCCGGAGUCGGACGAGGCCGCGGCGGCGUCUGCCAACAUCAAGAGCGAAGACCGCGAGGCGUUGGAGGACCCUAUGGAGACUCACUUCGAGUUCCGAUCGGCGGCUGCCGAUGCGACGCCGCCGUACACCUCCCUCCGCGCACGGUCAAGGAAGCAGGCCGGACCGACGAAGUUCACUGCCGUGGGAGCUCCCGACGGUGCCGGCUCCGAGGCGCCUGUUCUUGGCGCGUCGUCGUCUUCGUCGCCGGCGCGAGCAGCGGGUACGCACGAGGACUUCUCAGCGAUGGCCGUGCCCGGCGACACGGUGGCGAUCGCCCACGCCUCGCCGCCCGACUCCAACCGUCGCCUGCCGUCGCGAAACAGGAAGCAGUACUCCCCGAUGCGCUUCGCCUCCGCGGGGGCAUCGACUUCGACCGGCGCACCGGCCGCAGGCGACCCAGCUCCCCCUGCUCGAGGCAGGAAGCAGCCCCGGCCCGAGCACUUCAUCCCGGAGGAAGCGGCAGCCACGGCCGGCGCCAAAGCUCGCCGGGCCAACAUCGUCCUCGACAGGUUCCUCUCGUCUACCAUGGCCCGCGGCUCCUCAGCUUCGGACUGGGCGAGCGACGUCACGGCGGAGGACGCGGGCCAGCCCGAGCGCCCGCGCGGCGUCGAGAGCUUCAGGAUCAGGGACGCGAGCCGCCACGCCGCGCGCGCCUGCGGGCUACGCGUCGCGAUCAGCCGCCUCGGAGCCUCGUGCGGCGGCGCAUCGUCGCCGUCAACGGCGGCGCCAGGAGAGCCCGAGGGGAGCGGGAGCGGGAGGAUGUACGGCAUCCUCGCCGUCCUCGGCGCUUCUCUGGCGCUCAGCGUGGUGUCCUGCGUGCUGUUCUACCUCGUCGGUCGGGGGAGCGAGGCUGCUCCGUCCGGAGAGAACCAGGACAAGGUAAUGGCCCCUGCUUCUCAAUUCUCAUGCAACUUUGUCGUGCAGGCUUAUGUGUAUGUGUUCUGA